CUGUGCCGGUGCCCACCCCCGAUGCCGGCGGCGGGGCGGAGCGGCCGCCCCGAGCCCUAUAAAGCGGGCGGCGGCGGCACUGGUGCCGCAGCGAGGGUGGGGGUCGCCAUGAGCCUGAUGUUGGAGACGCUGCUGGCCCCCCCGGGGGGGCUCCGCAAGGAGCUGGGCCGCGCACCCCCGCGCUCCGCCGCCUCCAGCGGCUUCUACUCGUGGCCGGGACCGGUGGUGGGGAGGGCUCGAGGCGGGGGGGGCGGCGGCGGCAGCGCGGCCGCUUCCUCUACCGAGAGCCUGGACUCGCUGAACGGGGAACCGCGGGCGCGGAAUGAGAAGGAGCUGCUGCAGGUGCUGAACGAUCGCUUCGCCGGUUACAUCGAGCGGGUGCGGGCGCUGGAGCAGCAGAACCGGGCGCUGGCGGCUGAGGCGGCGGCGCUGCGGCAGCAGCAGGCAGGGCGCUCGGCCAUGGGCGAGCUGUAUGCGCGGGAGCUGCGCGACAUGCGGGGCACCGUGCUGCGGCUGGGCGCCGAGAAGGGGCAGCUGCGGCUGGAGCGGGCGCGCCUGGCCGAGGACGUGGCGGCGCUGCGGGGGCGGCUGGAGGAGGAGGCCCGGCAGCGAGCCGAGCUGGAGGCGGCGGCCCGCGGGCUGGCCCAGCGCUCGGCGCAGGAGGAGAGAGCGCGGGGUCCGCUGGAGGAGCGAGCCCGAGCCCUGCGGGAGGAGGCGGAGACGCUGCGGAGGCAGCACCGGGCCGAGGUGGGGGCGCUGCUCCGCGGAGCCCGCCCCGAGCCCCCCGCCGAGCUCCCCUCCGCCCUGCGCCCCGGGGUCACCGCCGCGCUGCGCGACCUGCGCGCUCAGCUGGAGGGCACGGCGGUCCGCAGCACGCUGCAGGCCGAGGAGUGGUUCCGCGUGAGGCUGGACAAGCUCUCGGAGGUUGCUAAGGUGAACACAGAUGCCAUCCGCUUGGCUCAGGAGGAGAUCUCGGAGUACCGCCGCCAGCUCCAGUCCAAGACCACAGAGCUCGAAGCCCUCAAAGGGACCCAGGAGUCACUGGAGAGGCAGAGACAGGACUCGGAGGAGCGCCAUCAUGCAGAUGUCCUGUCCUACCAGGAAACUAUCCAGCAGCUUGACAACGAGCUGAGGAACACCAAGUGGGAGAUGGCAGCUCAGCUCCGGGAGUACCAGGAUUUACUCAACGUCAAAAUGGCCCUGGACAUUGAAAUUGCUGCCUAUAGAAAGCUCUUGGAAGGGGAGGAAUAUCGAAUUGAGUCUGGCUUUGGGAUGCUUUCCUUCCCUGAGGUGUCCCCCAAGGCUCCCAGCAUCACCGCCAACAUCAAGGUGAAGAGUGAAGAGAAGAUCAAGGUGGUGGAAAAAUCUGAGAAGGAGACUGUGAUUGUGGAGGAGCAGACAGAGGAAAUUCAGGUGACAGAGGAGGUCACAGAGGAAGAGGAGGCUGAGAAAGAGGCUGAAGAAGAGAAAGCUGAAGAGGCGGAGAAAGAAGAAGAGGAGAAAGCUGAAGCAGAGGGUGAAGAGGAGGCCAAGUCUCCUGAAAAAGAGGAGGCCAAGUCCCCAGAGAAACCUGAGUCCCCUUCAAAGGAGGAGGCCAAGACUCCAGCUGUCAAGUCACCCGAAAAGCCACCAACCCCCUCAAAAGAGGAGGCCAAGACCCCAGUGGUGAAGUCCCCAGAGAAACCUGCACCCCCCUCAAAAGAGGAGGCCAAGACCCCAACGGUAAAGUCCCCAGAGAAACCUGCACCCCCCUCAAAAGAGGAGGCCAAGAUCCCAACGGUAAAGUCCCCAGAGAAACCUGCACCCCCCUCAAAAGAGGAGGCCAAGACCCCAACGGUAAAGUCCCCAGAGAAACCUGCACCCCCCUCAAAAGAGGAGGCCAAGACCCCAACGGUGAAGUCCCCAGAGAAACCUGCACCCCCCUCAAAAGAGGAGGCCAAGAGCCCUGCCAUCAAAUCUCCAGAGAAACCUGCACCACCCUCAAAAGAGGAGGCCAAGACCCCAAUGGUGAAGUCCCCAGAGAAACCUGUACCCCCCUCAAAAGAGGAGGCCAAGAGCCCUGCCAUCAAAUCUCCAGAGAAACCUGCACCCCCCUCAAAAGAGGAGGCCAAAACCCCAGCUAUGAAGUCCCCAGAGAAAACCCCAACCCCCUCAAAGGAGGAGGCCAAGACUCCAGCUGUCAAGUCCCCUGAAAAGUCACCAACCCCUUCAAAAGAGGAGGCCAAGAGCCCUGCCACCAAAUCUCCAGAAAAACCUUCACCCCCCUCAAAAGAGGAGGCCAAAACCCCAGCUGUGAAGUCCCCAGAGAAACCUGCACCCCCCUCAAAAGAGGAAGCCAAAACCCCAUCUGUCAAAUCCCCAGAAAAAACCCCGACCCCCUCAAAAGAGGAGGCCAAAAGCCCUGCUGUUAAAUCCCCAGAGAAGCCCCCAAGCCCCUCAAAGGAGGAGGGCAAGACCCUGACCGUGAAGUCCCCUGACAAAGUCAAAUCUCCUGUGAAGGAGGUUGUCAAGUCUCCACAGAAGGAAGCCGCCCCAGCCAAGGAGCCCACUCCCUCCCCUCAAAAGGAGCCGAAAGCCCCUGCGAAGGAAGAGCAGCCCAAAGAGGUGAAGCCUCCCUCCAAGCCUGCACCUGAGGAGGGCAGGAAGGCAGAAGCUCCCAAGAAGGAUGUUUCAGCCAAGGUGGAGGAGAAGCCCAAAGAGAAAGCGGCUGCUGUGCCAGAGCCUCCAGCUCCACAGGUGAAGGAAACUAAGCCAGGCCUUAAACCUGUGGAAGAAGGAAAAGCUGAGAAGGAGGCUCCACCAAAACCUCAGCAGAAGGUCAGCAAAGCAGCUGUGAAGGAGGCUGAGAAGCCAAAGACUGAGGAGAAGGCAGAGGAGCCCAAGAAGGAGAAGGUGGAGGAUCCCAAAGCUAAAGUGAAACCCAAAGAAGAGCCCAAAGCCAGUAAAGACCCCUCCAAGGCUGAGGCCCCCUCCAGCAAGGAAGCCAAAGCCCCAGAGCCAGCACCCACUGCAGGGAAGAAGUGAGCAGAGCCCUGGGCGCCAAAGAGCACCUCUGGGUGCGGAAGCUGCUCCGCUCCCCUCCGAUGGCCGGGCCCGGCUUUCCCUUAGCAAUAUGUCUGUGUGAGAGACGCAGCCCCCCGCUGCCCUGCCCUGGCGGUUUGGCCGAUAGCUUCCCUAGCAGAAUGUGAUACACGCCGAGCGCCACAUUUAAACACUUGAAUUAUAACUGAGAAGAGAGCCCAGGGGAUCUGAGUGCUCCUUCUCCAAUAAGUGCAUUUAUUUAAUGUAUGUGCAAUUGAUGGAUGAGUGCAAUGCAGAGCUCUAGCUGCUUGGGAGGGGUUGGGAGGGGGGCUGGUGGGUGCUGAGGGUCCUUCCCUGACCUGAGGGUGACGACUGUCCCUCCGAGCGGUGACCCAGGCUGCGGCUGGCUUCGGUGGAAGAGGCUGGGUGCUGCAGGAACGCUCACAGACACGGUGCACUAGGAACCUCAGCCCACUGUUACUUGCUUUCUGUGCAAUAACCAAAUAAAGUGCUUACAGAGAUGCUCUGGCUUUGCUGGCCUCCUGUCCAGGGCUGGGGAGGGGGCUGGGGGAGGGUGGCACAGGGCUUUCCAGCACCCUAGCUGCAUUAGAGGGAGGAAAGCCCAGCCAUUGCCUGUGGCAAACCCACGCCACUGUGGGCACAAAGGACCCCGUGUCCUGCUGGGCCUGCCCCACCGCUCUGCUCUGCCAAGGAUUGCAGCAGUUUUUCUUCUUCCUUCCCUUUUUAAAGCGGGGCUCCCAGGGGGCUGGUAGGGCCUGGUUUAACCUGAGCGCUGCAGUGCAGCACUACCCUGAGAGCAGGGGCUGCGUGGGGGCACUGAGAGGGUCUGUCAGCCUUCCUGGUGGAGAAACCUCCCACGGUGGCCAAGUGGAGAGACAAUGACCUUGGGAGCAGGGAUAGAGCCCCACCUCAGCCAGCCUGGACAUAAGAUGGGAGCCACCGGGGGGAGCUGGGAUUCCCAUCCCAAAUCUCAACCCCUUGCUGGUGCCAUGAGGUCUUGCCUCUCACAGGACACAACUCUGCUCCCCCCCUGCCCCAAGCAUGAGCCCAGGGAAACAGCGAAGCCCCCGCUGCCUCAUUGCAGGGUUUGUGCUGAGCGGGCUGGCAGCCAGCACAGGCAAGGACAGGCGAGGGCUGCAGUGCGGGCUCUGAAAAGGGGCUAUUUUUAGCCAUCUCAGUUUUUAGCCAUCUCAGUUCCACAGUCCCGAGGGAGCAAGGGCCGGAGG